AUGUCUAAUGAAUUAAACCAUCGAACUGGGGUAUUUAUUAAUGAUAUUAAUCUAAAAGAAAAAAUAUGUGAUGAAGAUGAUAAUAAUAUUAAUAAAAAAAAGAAAAUAUGGUAUAAAAAUUGGAUUGAACAGUAUCAUGGUGAUGAAUCUUCAAUAGCAUUAUUACUAAUACUUUAUUUUUUACAAGGAAUUCCUCUUGGAAUUAUUGGAUGUAUACCAUUUAUUUUAAGUGAAAGAAAUAUUUCAUUAACAGAUUUAUCAUUUUUUUCUUUUUGUUCUUAUCCAUUUAGUGCAAAAUUGUUAUGGGCUCCAAUUGUUGAUUCUAUAUGGAUUAAAAGUAUUGGAAGGCGGAAGACAUGGUUAAUUCCAACACAAUUAUUAAUUUCAUUAUAUUUAGUAAUAUUAUCAAUUUUUAUUGAUGAUAUAAUUCCUGAAGAGUAUACUCAUGGAAUUUCAGUUAAUAUUAAAGUUUUAACGGCAAUUUUUUUACCACUAAAUUUUUUGGCAGCCACUCAAGAUAUUGCUGUUGAUGGGUGGGCAUUAACAAUGUUAUCAAGAAAAAAUGUUGGUCUUGCUUCAACAUGUAAUGCUAUAGGACAAUAUCUUGGUGUUUUCUUUGGAUAUAAUAUGUUUAUGUUUUUGUCAUCAGAAAAAUAUGCAAAUAAAUUUUUCCGGGAUACCCCUAGUCAUGGUGGUUUAGUACCAUUUUCUUCAUUUUUAUCAUUUUGGGGAUUUAUUUUUGGUUUAGUAACUAUUUUAGUUCUUAUUUUUAAAAAAGAAGUUGAUAAUUCAAUUGAAGAAAAAAAAAAUGAUGAAAAAAAUGAAGAUGAAGAGAAUGAACUUGAAUUAGGUAUAGGUGAAACAUAUAUAACAUUAUGGAAAAUUAUUACACUAAAACCAAUGUGGAUUCUUCUUUUGAUACUAUUUACAAAUAAAUUUUCAUUUGCUGCUUCUGAUAAUACAACAGCAAUUAGAUUAAUUGAAUCAGGAAUGCCAAAAGAAGACUUAGCUAUGAUGAAUGUAUUUUUGUAUCCUCUACAAAUAUUUUUUCCAAUUUUAAUUGGUAAAUAUAUUGUUGGUAAAAAUCCAUUAAAUCUUUUUAUUCAUGCAUAUCCAUUAAGAAUGUUUAUGAAUAUUGUUUAUAGUUUCUUUUUAUAUAUAUCUUCAACAGUCAUACAAAAUGGUGAAUAUCCAUAUUAUGUUUAUAUUAUGUGGUUAGUCGGAAUGUUAAUUAAUGAUUCUCUUCAAAUAACAAUGUUUUUAUCAAUUAUGGCAUUUUUUGCUAAAAUUUCUGAUCCAAAAAUUGGAGGAACAUAUAUGACACUCCUUAAUACAAUAACAAAUCUUGGUGGAACAAUGUCAGGAACAAUAAUUUUAAUUAUCAUUGAUAUGCUAACUGUUCAAAAUUGUAUUGAUAAAGAUUCUGGAGUAACUCUUGGUGAAUGUAAAACAAGUAAAGCACAUCAAAUUUGUGUUGAUAAUGGAAAUACAUGUUCUUUUAUAAUUGAUGGAUAUUAUUUAUCUGUAGCUUUAGGAUGUAUUUUUGGUGUUAUAUGGUUAAUAGUUCUUUGGAAACCAAUACAAAAUCUCCAAAAAAUUCCACGUGAUGAAUGGUUAAUAUUCAAGAAAAAAAAAGAAUAA